UUAUCCCCAUUUGCCGCUCUGCGCUUCCCGCCUCCCACCUCACCGCCGGCGAGCGAUGCCUCCCCCGGCGGGGUUGCUCCCCUGGCCAUCGCCGUCCACCACGCGCCUGACCACCCCAACGCCGACUCGCCCUCCUCCACGCACCGCCCGCGUCCGCCCGCCGCCUCCUCCUCCCCCGUACACUCGCGUCCGCCUUCCUCCUCCCCCUCCGCCUCCUACGAUGCCACCACCGCCCCGCCUCGAACCCGCCGCGCCAAAACCAACCGCCGCCUCCACCCCCUUUCCUCCGGACACAGUCUCCACCGCGUCUUCGUCGUCCACCUGCCUCGAUUGCGUCCACUUCGGAAAGUGCUCAGGCUGCACGCACGAGGUAGACCUCGACAAGCCGCCGGUGCUGCAGGAGGUGGCGAAUUUCUUCAAGGGCCACGGUGUCGGAGAUUUCACCUUCAGCAGGGGUAGGCUGUCCCAAUGGCGGUGCCGGGCAAAGUUAGCAGUUCGUGGAACACCAGAGAACCCGUUGAUCGGUUUAUACCAGGAAGGGACACAUGUCGUUACAGAUAUUCCGGAAUGCAGAGCUCACCAUCCAAGCAUUAAUGCUGCUGUUAAGCUGCUAAGGCAAGGUAUAUCUGAGUUGAAUAUUCAGCCAUAUGACGAAGAUGCUGGAACUCGUGAACUCAGAUAUGUUCAGAUGGCUGUGACAAUGUACAACACAUCUAUUCCAGUUGAUAAAAGAUAUGAGCAAGGGAGAGUUCAAGUUUCGUUGGUUUGGAAUUCAAGAGAUGAGCGUUCCCAAAAUGCAGAGAAGCUGGCUUUAUUGAUAGAAUUCUUGUGGAGAAAUGGUGGGCCAAAAGGUAGUGUUCAUCUGAUCCAUUCCAUAUGGGCCAAUUUUCAGACAUCAACAAGCAAUAUAAUUUUUGGGCAUAAAUGGAGACAUCUCAAAGGGGAGAGAGACCUGUGGGAGCAUUAUGGAGGAGUUGAUAUUUCGCUGGACCCUUGUAGCUUUGGCCAGGCUAAUACUCUGUCAUUUAACUCUUUGCUGCAUAAGCUGAACAAGUAUGUACCACGUGGUUCAACAGUUGUUGAUAUGUACUCCGGUGCUGGUGUUAUUGGGCUAUCGGUUGCUGCUUCAAGGAAAUGUAGAUCUGUGAAAUGUGUUGAGAUUAACAAACAAUUGAAGAUGUCUUUUGAGAAAUCAGCAAGCCGACUUCCAACGAACCUGGGUUGCACCAUCACUUGGCACAAUACUGAUGCUUCAGUUGAACCUGUUCACUGGCUUGAAGGGUCAAGCGUUGUUAUUGUGGAUCCUCCCAGGAAGGGAUUGCAUCCAUCUGUUAUCACUGCUUUGCAGAAAGUUGCUUUAUCUGAGCGCAAGGCAUACAAGGCUAAAAGUUCACUUGCAAAGGUUAAGGAUGAGAAGAGACCAUGGAUCCUACGGGCAAGGGAGGCAGCUGUUCAUGUUGAUAAUGCGACGACAGAAGAGAGCAGCGAAACCUGGCCUGAAACCCUUAUAUACAUUAGCUGUGGGUGGGAAAGUUUUAAGAAGGACUGCAAAAGCUUGAUAUCCAGCAAGGCCUGGCAAUUGGAGAAUGCCCAUGCUUUUAACUUCUUCCCUGGCACAGAUAGUCAACUUUGAAUCAUACUAAAUGGAAUUGCUAGUGCAGCAUUGAAAUCCUGGCAAUCUUCAAACGUGAAUCAGAAGCUGGUCAGAAGAAAAAGAAGAAAGCAAAAAAGAAGAAGGCCAAGUAGACUAUAACGGCAGGCUAACCCAACUGUAACUGGAAGACUGAAGUGUUAUGACCUAAGAGUUUUGGCAAAUCUUUAAUGCUGAUCCAGAAUUCCAGAUAUAGCAUGGAAUACUGUCAUUGGCGCUCUGAGGAAUUUUACACACUCCAAACCAAUCAGCUCAAUGAUCUGUGACUAGCUGUCUAAAAAAAAACUGACCUGCGAGGGGCAAGCCGCGCCCCGGGCAUUAAUGUAAGAAGAAGACCUCUCACGUAGGCCGAGAAAACCCCCGAACUCCUGCCCCACCUUUACACAGGGGCGCCGUAACCCAUACCGUAACCCGUGUGAGAGCGGGCCGGGGUGAGCCGGGACCUAUUUCCAUGUGCUUUGGCGUGUAGGCAGGCGAGGGGAUUUUUUAACCUCAGUCUGAAAUUCGCUCCCACCGGAAGUCGAACCCAGGACCUGAGGAGUGCUACUGAUGCCACCUAACCAAUCCGGCUAGGCACCCUUUCGCGUGACUAGCUGUCUAGCUCAUGGUAAUUUUGACACAAGGUAACUCAGAGAAACUUGCUCAAUAUAUUCAACCGACGAAUCUAUUUUACUCAACCGAUGAAUCUUCACCAACUGUUGAUUUGCUAUUUCUAAUAAUCCAAAAUGUAGCCGUCCAAGAGGGGCAGCUUAUCAGAUUGUUAGGGUGAUCGUGUCCGAGAUGCACUAUCAGCAGUGUGCAGACAACUAGAGGCGGGAAUUUCAGACAGCGAGGAGGUCCUUUUGUAUAAAUAUAGUUAGUAGGUCGUUUGCUGUUUUUUUUUCUGCAGUCGCUUAAUGUAGUUUGUGUUUUAUGUCAUGUAUUUCACUGUAUAUUGUUCAGAUACAAGUAUACAACUAUAGUUUGCAUGUAUACGAUGGAGCUCCUCCAUUGUGCUUA